CUCCAGCAAGAGAGGAUAGAAAAUGGGCAGCUGUUCUGCAGUGGAUGGCAGACAUAUCUGGAAGACUUGAAAAAAUAGUGGAAAAAUUGGAAGCCAUAGCACAAAUACAUGUACCAGUAGCAGAAGAAGAUGACACAUCCAUUUUUAGUCUUCUGGCCCUGAAGUCUUUGGACGACUUUGAAAAAUUGGAAGAUGCUUUGAAAACAAGCAAAUCUCUGAAAAAUAAACUGGUAAGCUCUUAAGCUGAGGUGUAUCCCUUUAGUUUGGCUACAGUUAGACUCAAUGUGCCUCUUUAACACAGUAAUUGGUCCAAUUGGGGAUUCAUUUAUAGUGCAAAAGAUGUAAUAACAAUACAGUCUUCUUUACACAAUGAUAUGGUGUUGUGCCUUUGCAAAAUAUCUCUUUAAUUACAGACAUGUUUUUUCCUUGUUGUCUAAGCUUGUAAAGUACUCGAUCUUUAACAUUUUAUUUUAGUAAUUCUUAUUUUGAUCUGGAAAUGUAUACUUACCAAUUGGAACGGAAAAUAAUUUACUUGCUAAAUGACAUUGUUAGACAAUCAUUAUAUAUAUAUAUAUGUGUGUGUGUGUAUGUUAUUACAUAAAUUUUCUUAUUUUGUAGAUAAGAGUCCUCAAGAGCGUUGGAGGGAAGAAUGAGCAUUUACUUUUAUGCAAUAUGAUGCGACGAUUAAUGGAGGAUAAUGUUGCUGAAGUCUAUAAUCUUUCCGGAACCUCGACUAAACAUGCUGAAAGAAGGGCCUUUGCUGGUACCCAGAUAUGCAAUUCAGUUCUUG